CAAAGCUUUAUUUAUAAAGCGCCUUCCGCAACCCUGUCAGGAAGCCCAAGGCGCUGAACCAUAUGUGUGGUUUCUAGGAAGAAACAAAGUGACUUCCGUAAAUUAAAUAAUCCAACAAAGACAUGGCCAACACCCACUGCUAACUAAACAAAUUAUCAACCGAUACUCGUGUAACUGAAGGUACGUUACCAACUUAGCAUGGAACUCAUAAGGCUAGCUUUAGCAUUAGCAACUAACGGCAGUCAUUUAAACACUAAUAAACAUGCUAAUGAAUAACAACUGCGACUGACGGGCUACCAAACAUGAAAUAAACUAGCGAACAUAAAUAUAACAUCAAUAUUCGCCUUUAGUACUCACUUUUAUAUCCGUCACACACAACAUACAAAAGGUCCCACAAUGGAGCUCUAAAAUUGAGUCAAACCCGGAAGUACCAAAAAUUGCAGUUCCACCCUCAUCCGCUGGGGGCUGGUGUCAGAAGCGAGCAAAUCCUCAUUGACUCCCAUGUUAAAAAUACCAAUUUCACAGCAGAAAUAAACAUGUUUACAGCCUGGUACCAGAACAUGUUUUUGGUUUAAAUGAUCUAGUUUACACUCAUGACAACUCUGAGGGGGGUGAAUUUUUUUCUCACUCUUCUGUUUAAGUGUAUUAAAAGCCUAAAAUUCUGUAUAAUUAAUGAGCAUCCGACCCACGUGACCACAGAGCUAGCUCCGUGGAAAGGCCGCUGUAGAGCCUCGGUCUGGCUUGGAAACUACUCCGGCAUUUUGAGUCUCUGUUUGUGUAUUGUUUUUUUUGGAUAUUUUUGUGCAAUUGUUAGACAAAAUGGCUUGCUGUGGCAUUAAUUGCACUAAUAGAGCGUCCAAGGAGUCUCCACUUCAUUUUUUUCGGUAAGUAAAAUUAUAUUUAUGUAUUUUAGGUCACUGCCGAGCUGAGCUUAGAUUUUAACAUGUACUGUUUAACCAUGAAAUUUAAAUGCAAUAGGGUAAAACCCAGUGCAUUUAACAUAAUGCUGCACUUUAGAAAAUGGGUUGAAAUAUAACAUGUUGGUGGAGCUGGGUUCCGACUAUCGGCUAGUGGAGCUCUCGGGAGACCGAUGUUUUCCACCCGUUUCUUCCCUCCCUGCAGCUCGGCGCAUCUCUGUCUGAUCGCGGCUUCUGUCUGCCGCGCGGGCUGCCGACUUGUGGAGCUCUGGGAUGGAAACCUUUCCACCCGGUAUUCCCCAGCGGCAGCUCUGCGCAUCUCAGACCGCAGAGGCGCUUGUCUGCUGUGCGGCUGCCAGCUUGUGGAGCUCUUGGAGACCUCUGUGUUCCACCCGGUUUUACUCAGCGGUCAGCCCGGCGUAUCUCUGACUCAGAAGCUCUGGUGUUGUGCACAGUUAACUCCGGUUGUAGCUAGGUUGCUACCUCCAUUAGCUUAGCUCCCACCUCCGCAUUAGCUUUGGGUUAGCCAGGGUUAGCUUCAGGUUAGCUUGUAGCUAGUUCGACCAGGUGUCGUCAGUUGCUCCCAGCCUUACAGCCCCACCCUCAGCUCCUCCUCUCUUCCCUUUUAUGGAAUUGUCUGGGCUUGACGGAAUCUGUGACACGGUCAAAAUGGCGGUGGUGGCCACCUCCCAUUUGGCCUCAAAAAAGUGAUAUUGGAGCCUAUGGAAAGGAGAUGUCCAUACAUUAAUGUCGAUGAACAUACACAACGUUAAACCGGAAGUAUGUCCGUCAUAAAUUAAGGCACGGUCUGGAAACACUGAACAAACAUUAGUUCCCCUCUGCGGAAUAUUAGUUCAGCUACGGUCUUUUGGACACUGUCAGAGUCCUUAUGAUGAAAGGACUGCAUCAGGGUUGGUUUCAUCUCAUACAGGUGUAAAUGAGCCAGUUUGAGUUGUGUACCUCUCAAAGACAUCCUCAGAAAGAGUCAUUGGUCUAGUAUGUUCCACCUGGGUGUCAGGGAGAGCCCGAUGGCCUCGAGGCUGCAGCUCAUCCUCCGUGUUUCCCAUCGACAUCUGAGCAGAGACGCAGGUCAGCUGAGUGGAAAUGGAGGAGAGGAGAUUAAACGGCACAAACCCAUCAGAGGAACUGGUGGAAGUGAAGGUGGAGGAACACUCUGAGGAUCUGGUUUUCACUCACACUGAUAAGAGGCCUCCCUUUCACGACAGGGAUCCCAGAAGAGUCAACAGCAAUCUGAAGGUCAUGUUUGAGGAUGUGAUAGCAGAAUCUCCCUCUGUGAGGAGCUUUGACAGAGUGCGGCUGUGGAGCCACGCCCUCUUUGAGGUGUCCAGACUGUGGUCCUACCGCCUCAUCUCGCUGCUGCUGGCGGUGCCGGUGUCCCUGGCAGCAGGACUCCUCUUCGCAGUGCUCAGCUGCCUUCACAUCUGGCUAAUCAUGCCCUGCGUGCAGCUCCUUCUCAUCAACAUGUGAUGGAUUCACACGGUGUGGGCCACCAUACUGAACAUUUUUAUCACUCCUUUAUCAGUUUUGGAAAGUGCUGUAACCUAAUCACCAUCCAUCUGCUCACUAACCAAAACAUGCAGAAGCAAAUGUUUUAGACCGGCAGCAAAUAAGUGGUUUAAACAGAAGCGACAAGCGCUGAUGGAUUGCUCACCGUCUCCUGUGAGAGAGCUUGCAUUGUUUAUGACCAUUUUAGUGGUUUUUGUGCACCUGUCAUGAAAUUUGGCAUGCUGACAUGUUCAUCAGGUUUUCCAGUUUGCAGUGACAAUGAUGUAUAGGCGUCCUAACCCACCUAUAAAGGAGCAGCAGAACAAGUGUACAGAGCACACAUACAACAAGAUACACAGCAAGAAGCAGGACAGUUUAUGCAUGUAUUUGGAA